UUCGUUUGUUAGCACCUAAACAUGACUCCAGAGAUUUAUAGUUACAAAAAAUUGAAAAUCUGAAACAAAUACUGUAACGGUCCUCUUCGCGCCAUCUUUUUGCUGAUAUGGCGACUCAGGUGGACAGUCAAGCACCCGCCGGAGGUGGCGGAGGCGUCUCAGCCUCUGUUUUAUUCCCUUCCCCAGUCGCCCACGACCAGGACCAAAUCGAGAGCACUAAGACCUUGAUUUGUGCCCUCAAUUUACUGUCUCGCAAUCUCCCCCUCCCUCAAGACGUUUUUGAUGCUGUUUCCUCCAUCUUUCUCGCCGGGGAGGAUGAAGCCGUUGAAGAUUGCUCUGUCGGUGAGGGUGAAAACGCCAUGGAGAAUGGGUCCAGCCAAAUUGGUUCUGGCAUGGAGACUUAUGGAGAACUGAUGGCAGAUUUUGAGGAUUCAUUAUUGAAAGAAAAAUCUAGCUGUACAUCAGGUUCUGCAUUGAAAAGAACAAAGGAAUUCCGUCAUGAGAGCCACAUGCGUAGUCGCUUGGUUGAACUUGAAGAUUUGCCAACUAGCAGAGGCGAGGACCUGCAGUCUAAGUGUUUGAUCGAACUUUAUGGAUUAAAGCUCACAGAAUUGCAGCGUAAAGUUCGUUCUGAAGUGAGUUCAGAGUACUGGCUUCGUGUGCAUUGCUCCAAUCCUGACGAGCAGUUAUUUGACUGGGGCAUGAUGCGAUUGCGCUGCCCUAUGUAUGGAAUUGGAGAUGCUUUUGCUGUUGAAUCUGAUGAUCCCUUGAAGAAGAAACGUGACGCUGAGAGGUUAUCUAGAAUAGAAGAGGAGGCGAGAAAUCACGUGGAAACUAAGAAAAGAAAAUUCUUUGUGGACAUACUUAAUGCAGCACGUGAACUCCAACUGCAUGUACAAGCAGUUCAAAAGCGUCGAAAACAACGAAAUGAUGGUAUCCAGGCAUGGCAUGCAAGGCAAAGACAACGGGCUACGCGAGCAGAAAAGUUGAGGUUCCAGGCGCUUAAAGCUGAUGAUCAAGAAGCAUACAUGAAAAUGGUUGAUGAGAGCAAGAAUGAGCGGUUGAGAUUGCUUUUGCAAAACACCAAUGAUCUUCUAGGCCGCCUGGGAGCUGCUGUCCAACGGCAAAAAGAUGCUGAUCAUGAUGGUAUUGAACCUUUAGAAGGUCCAGGUUCUGAUAUGCAAGAGUUGACUACAUCAAAAACUGGUAUUCCUGGGCUGUCAGUCCCCGAGGAGAAUGAGGAUGUUGUUGAUAAUGAAGCUACUUGUGACACAAAGACAAAUGAUUUACUCGAAGGACAACGGAAAUAUAAUUCAGCAGUGCAUUCAAUCCAGGAGAAGGUAACCGUGCAACCAACCAUGCUUCAGGGUGGAGAAUUAAGGCCUUACCAAAUAGAAGGGCUUCAAUGGAUGGUGUCUCUGUUCAAUAACAAUCUAAAUGGAAUUUUAGCAGAUGAAAUGGGGCUGGGGAAGACAAUUCAAACUAUUUCUCUUAUUGCACAUCUAAUAGAAAACAAGAGUGUGACUGGUCCGCACUUGAUUGUGGCCCCAAAAGCUGUACUGCCAAAUUGGAUGAGUGAAUUUCAAACAUGGGCACCUAGCAUCAUUGCUGUUCUUUAUGAUGGCCGGCUAGAGGAAAGGAAAGCAUUGAGGGAAGAGUACUCUGGGGAGGGAAAAUUUAAUGUGAUAAUAACCCAUUAUGAUCUUAUCAUGAGAGAUAAAGCAUUUCUGAAGAAAAUUCACUGGUAUUACUUGAUUAUUGAUGAAGGACAUAGGUUGAAAAAUCAUGAAUGUGCUCUUGCACGGACUGUUGCAGGCUACCGAAUCAAGCGGAGACUUCUAUUGACUGGUACCCCAAUUCAAAACAGCUUACAGGAAUUAUGGUCGCUUCUUAAUUUUCUCCUACCAAACAUAUUUAAUUCUGUGGAGAACUUUGAGGACUGGUUUAAUGCGCCUUUCUCGGAUAAAUGUGAUAUCACUCUAACAGAUGAAGAAGAGCUAUUAAUUAUUCGACGUUUGCACCAUGUUAUUAGGCCAUUCAUAUUACGGAGGAAGAAAAAUGAAGUGGAGAAGUUUCUUCCUGGGAAAACACAGGUUAUCCUGAAAUGUGACAUGUCAGCUUGGCAGAAAUUAUACUAUCGCCAAGUUACAGAUGAAGGGAGGGUAGGACUGGGUACUGGAACUGGAAAAUCCAAAAGCUUGCAGAACUUGUCUAUGCAACUCAGGAAAUGUUGCAAUCACCCUUACCUCUUUGUGGAUCAGUAUAAUAUGUGGCAAAAAGAGGAGCUCGUGAGAGCAUCUGGGAAAAUGGAGCUUCUUGACCGUUUACUUCCCAAACUCCGUAGAGCUGGACAUAGGGUCCUCCUUUUCUCACAGAUGACCCGUCUCAUGAACAUUCUUGAAGUCUAUUUGCAACAGAACAAAUAUAAGUAUCUUAGACUUGAUGGUACAACAAAAACAGAGGAAAGAGGUUCUUUGGUGAGACAAUUCAAUGCCCCAGAUUCCCCUUACUUCAUGUUUCUCCUUAGUACUCGUGCUGGUGGACUUGGCCUGAAUCUACAGACAGCAGAUACUGUGAUAACCUUUGACAGUGAUUGGAACCCUCAAAUGGACCAACAGGCAGAAGAUCGAGCACACCGGAUUGGUCAAACGAAAGAAGUCAUGGUAUUUGUUUUGGUUAGUGUAGGAUCGAUUGAGGAGGUCAUCUUGGAGCGAGCAAAACAGAAGAUGGGCAUUGAUGCUAAGGUCAUCCAGGCAGGGCUGUUCAAUACAACUUCCACUGCUCAAGACAGGAGAGAACUGUUAGAAGAGAUCAUGCGUAGAGGUACCAGCACUCUUGGGACUGAUGUGCCAACGGAGAGAGAGAUCAAUAAUCUUACAGCACGGUCAACGGAGGAAUUUUGGCUCUUUGAGAAGAUGGAUGAGGAGAGAAGGCAAAAGGAGCGUUACCGGUCUCGUCUCAUGGAAGAUCAUGAGGUUCCAGAUUGGGCGUAUGUUCAAGCCGAUUCCAACCAAGGAAAAGGAAAAGGAUUUCUACAUGAUAGUGCCAAUCUAAACGGAAAAAGAAAAAGAAAAGAGGUUGUGUAUAUUGACACACUGAGUGAUCAACAGUGGAUGAAGGCUGUGGAGGAUGGGGAAGAAUUUCUGAAGCAUGCUUCCGGAAAGAAGAGGCGGCAGCAGGAGCAUCAUAAUCCCAAUGCUGUUGCUGCAGGAGAUCCAUUGCCUACUAACACGCUGAGGGAGCAUGAAGAGCCACAGGCUGAUGUGCCCCUGCCUCCUACAAAUAAAUGGAGCGACCAACAACCGCAACCUACCCCACCUUGUGAUACACCUCUUAGUAUUAGUUCCAGAGGGGAGGAGGGGGAGAGGGCUCGUGAGGGGAAAAGUGAAACUGCUUCGCUGGCAAAUGAGGAGGGGGCAACAAGCGAAGACACCAUCGGAACAAUGCAUCGAGAAAGGUACAAACCAGUUGUAGCUGCUCCUCCACCGUCACAGAGGAAUGACUAUAACAGUUUGACUGGUAAUUUAGACGGACCAACAUGGAAGGCGCUCAAGAGGAGGAGAUCCAGCUUGGCAUAAUGAAAAAAUUGCUCUAAGUUACAGAAUUACUGUUGGAAGAGGACCAUAUGGUGCAGAUCAAGGAAAUGAUAACCUCCCUGGUUGCUGGCUGCUAUUUGGUUAUUUUGGGCACAGUAAUACAAGAUGAGCAAAUCUGGUAGUCCAAGAAAACAAGGCAAAUCCUGAUUGUUAUCUCAACAGCCCAUGCUACCUUCACUAUGUUCUACUUUUGCAAACAAUAUGUAUUUUUGCUUCGGUUCUUUUUUACAAGUCUUGCCUGUUGUUUUGGUUUGUCCCACACUAUCACAAGGCCACGAUGAUGUCCUUUUUUAAAUUUACUGAACUUGUUUUCUAAUAUAUACCCUUAUAUAUUAUAAUUAUUCAAAAAGUUUAGUUAAUUGACACAUAUUGUCAUUC